CUUUCGGCUCCACGUUUGCAGCUCUAACUCCACGCUCGGACACGAUGUGGCUAAUGAGCUAGGCUUCAUUACACAGACAAGUUCUACCCCACGGGGUACUAGGAACCAUCAGGAUGGAAGGCAUAUGAAGGCCGGGAGGGAGCACUGCUUAGUCCAUUCCCCCGUCCUUUAUUGAUUAAGGGUAGGACACAGCUCCUGCAAAGACAAGCCAGAUGUCUGCACAUAGCAAUAUGGAUGACAAGGACAUCGACGCAACGCACCAUGAACUCGCUAUGGAGAAAUCCUUAAAGCAUCAUGGAAAAGGCAGUAACCCAACCGGCACAGUGAAAUUAGUCGAGGAUGGAGAAAUAGUGUUGAUUCCGACGCCGUCUCCGGACCCAAGAGAUCCCUUGAACUACCCUCAAUGGCAAAAAUGGAUAAUCACGUUCGUGCUGGGAUUGUUCUCCGUCCUCGGCGUUCUAAUGACCUCCGGAAUGGGCCCCUUCGUCACUUUAAUGGAAGCCUACUACGACUACAGCCCCCGAACCGACGAUCUAAUGACCUACCCAACCCUCUUUAUGGGAAUAGGGAACAUCAUCGCUAUGCCACUCGCCAUGGCAAUCGGCAGACGCCCAGUAUUCCUAGGCUCUGCAUUGAUCCUGACCGUGGGAUCAAUAUGGUGCGCUGCAAGCACAAGUCUUUCGUCGCAUAUAGCAGGAAGAGAUGUGUUGUCGUUGGCAGCAGGGCAAUCAGAGGCCUUAUGUCCUCUUAUCAUACAGGAGAUCCACUUCGUCCACGAACGCAGCAGCCGACUCGCCUGGUUCAGCGCCAUCCAAUCCAUCGGCACCGCCGCCUUAACCAUCGCCACAUCCUACCUAGUAAGUAGCCUGGGCUGGAGAUGGUGGUACGGGGUAUUCUCCAUCGCCAGCGGACUAGUCUUUAUCGGCGCAUUUACCCUAGUCCCCGAAUCCCGCUACGACCGACCAACCGACGCCUUCGAAGGCGAAGUGCACAUCCAUCACGACGGCGAAGAGCAAGCCGUCAUCCACGCAACCACCAAGAACCGCGUACCCCUAGACUUCACCAACUACCAAGCCCGCACCUGGAAACACACCCUCAAAAUCAUGCACCCACCAGCGAACUGGGAAGAAGCCCUAACAUGCUACAAGCAAAUGGGACAAUGCAUCCUGUUCCCUAACAUCCUCUGGGUGGUCCUAAUGAACAGCGUCUCCCUCGGCAUCUACGUUAUCGGAGUGACAGAAUACUCCUCCAUCCUAGGCGCCCCUCCAUACAAUUACCCAACAACAAGCCUAGGUCUAGUCCAGGGCGGGCAGAUCGUGGUAGCGAUGAUAAUGGUGCCCGUACUCGGCUACGGCGGCGACCAGCUAUACAAAUGGGUCGCGAGCCGUCGAGGGAACGGCACUGUUGAGUCCGAAGUUCGGCUCAUCCCGAUGCUAUUGCCGAUUGUCGUACUGCUUAUUUCAUGCGUUAUCUUUGGCCGUGCUGGAUCUCAUCCUACGGAGUGGUCGCCGUGGGCGAUUACCACUACCUUUAGCGGGAUGUAUUUCGCUUAUAUUGGAAUUAUUCUCAACGGGUACACGUAUUCGUUGGAUAGUUAUGGAGAGCGAGCGGCGCCAAUUCUGGUUCUGAUUUGUGCCAUUCGCGGGUUUAUUUCUUUUGGGAUCUCGUUUGGGAUUACGAAGUUCGUGACUGAGAAGGGGUUCCAGGGUGCUUUGGAUAUUUGUGCGAUCAUUGCGGGUGUUGUGGCGGCGCUUGGAAUUCCGGUUUUUGUCUUUGGGGCUUGGAUUAGAAGGGUUACGAUGAAAUAUGCGGUGGAUGGGAGGAGUGCGGAGUUUUGAUUGAGAUGCUAUGGGUUGUUUUGUUGAGUUUGUUGAUACGACGUAGCUAUUUGAUGUGACGUUUGAAGCUGGA